CCCACCCUUUCACUUAUGAUUAACCACCUCAAUUCUCCGUUUUGAUUUGCUUUCGCUCUGUCAGUCACUUUUUCCCGAAGUGUCGCCAGCAACAAAGUAGUGUGUACAUCACACCGAGGGAUGAAGGAAAAAAAUUCAAAGGGAGGCGAAAAACAGAUAAGGUCACUUUUGCUGUCAGUUAGGUUUUUGAUAGCUAGUUUGAGUCUACCUAGCUAGCUACGUUUUUGGAAAAUGUUACCACAAUGAACGUUAGCUAGCCAUAUUUGGCGUUUUAGCUAGCUAAAUGUAAUAUAAAUGGCUAGCUAUCCAUUUUAGCCAGCUAGCUAACGUUACCGCUGGCGAGUAAGCCAUAUUUAGCUAGCAAAAGCAACACACGAGAUAGCUAGCUUGCUAUCCUAGCUAAAUAAAUAAAACGAUUUUAAGGAUUCUUUUUCGGCUUUUAUUAUUUUCCUAAAUCUCCUUUGUGGUUUUCCGUUUGACAACUAGUUACUCCUUUAGUUAGCUGAUGGACAGUUUCACAGACGUUCUUUGUCACUUCUCGGGCGUUUUAAGGUAUUGGUUCUGGGGCGGCUAGGCGAAGCAGGAGACUGUACAGAUGUGGCAGCCAAGUUUGUCCCCUUGUCUCCGGGACCUGGGUUGGUAAGCACACGGCAAUUUAGAUGCGUUGGAGUUUAUGCUAGAGCUAACUACAACAUUUGGCAAGAAAUAGAUAGUUCGUUUUUGGAGAUAAACGAAAAAUAUCUAGCUAAGUUAGUUAUCCAGAUGACUGUCAAGUGUUAGCUAGCAAAUUCAGCUGUCGUCGCUGGCUAGUUGCUGUCGAGUUUAGCAGAGCUAACUGGGCCUCAUUAUCUAUAUGUCUGCUUCAACUAUAUUAACCCAAACUUGACAGUUGCACGAGACUUGCAGGCUGUGAAAUAUUCCGUGUAGCUGCUGCUAAUGCUACAGUAGCUCGCAAACAGGCGUCUUCGAAGGAGGGCAAACUUAAUCGUAGGUAACUGACUACAUUUGUUGCAUCCACAACACUAAUUUGUUUUUACCACUGGACUGUCCAUUCUGAUUUACAAAAGGGAUCAGAACAAUUAUUUGCUACUAAGGCGCCCACGCCUCAUUCAAGUCGGGCUUUUAAAUACUGCGGUGAUGACUUUAGAAUCCAUGAUGGCUUGUUGCCUGAGCGAGGAGGCGAAGGAGUCCAAACGAAUCAACGCCGAGAUCGAUAAGCAGCUUCGCCGAGACAAGCGGGACGCGAGGAGGGAACUCAAACUGCUUUUAUUGGGCACUGGCGAGAGUGGCAAGAGCACAUUCAUCAAACAGAUGCGCAUCAUCCAUGGGACGGGCUACACUGACGAGGACAAAAGAGGCUUCACCAAGCUGGUGUACCAGAACAUCUUCACCUCCAUGCAGUCCAUGAUCCGGGCCUCCGAGACCCUCAAGAUCCAGUACAAGUAUGAACAGAACAAGUCCAAUGCGCUGCUCGUGCGAGAAGUGGACGUGGAGAAGGUGUGUUCCUUCGAACAGCCCUACAUCAGUGCAAUAAAGAUGCUUUGGACUGACCCUGGCAUCCAGGAGGCCUACGACCGCAGACGUGAAUAUCAGCUCUCGGACUCAACCAAAUACUAUCUAAGCGAUCUGGAUCGUAUUGCUGAACCCAACUUUCUACCAACCCAACAAGAUGUGCUUAGGGUUCGCAUCCCCACCACAGGGAUCAUUGAAUACCCUUUCGACUUGCAAAGCAUCAUUUUCAGGAUGGUGGAUGUAGGGGGUCAGAGGUCAGAGAGGAGGAAGUGGAUCCACUGCUUUGAGAACGUCACGUCCAUCAUGUUCCUGGUUGCCCUCAGCGAGUACGACCAGGUUCUGGUGGAGUCUGAUAACGAGAAUCGGAUGGAGGAGAGUAAGGCUCUGUUCCGGACCAUCAUCACAUAUCCCUGGUUCCAGAACUCCUCCGUCAUCCUGUUCCUCAACAAGAAGGACCUCUUGGAGGAGAAGAUCACUUACUCCCACCUGGUCGACUACUUCCCAGAGUUUGAUGGGCCCCAGAGAGACGCUCAGGCAGGCCGGGAGUUUAUCCUGAAGAUGUUUGUGGACCUGAACCCUGACAGCGACAAGAUCAUCUACUCCCACUUCACCUGCGCCACGGACACAGAGAACAUCCGCUUUGUGUUCGCUGCUGUCAAAGACACCAUCCUGCAGCUCAACCUGAAGGAGUACAACCUGGUGUGAGAGAGAGAAAUUGAGAGAAACCUCACACACAGCACAGAGUACACAUCUACACACACACCUGCACUAACACAUACACGUAGACACAUUCACCAACAUGCAUUUACACACACACACACACUUGAUCACACAUGCGUAAUAUAUUCCUGGUCCCAACAUCCUCCUGCUCCUUGUCUAUGGUUUAAUUGGAUGUGUUUUUCCAGCUCCAGUCAUUCCCCCCACUCCUCUCUUCCCUGCCCACUGCUGCCUGCAUCCCUCCACUGACUUGACUUGGUGGUUGACAGCUCUCAUUUGUCACCUGGUGUGGCUUGCGUCUCUGGGUCACCCCUGUUAAAGAAGGGGGCUUGGGGGUGGGUAGGUAGAAGUCUGUUUGAUUUGGUGGCUUGGGUGCUGGUGUGAUUUAAAGGAAAGAGAGCUGAGGUGUAGGAAAGCAGGAAAAAGCCAGUGUCCCCCCUUCACAGUCAGGGGGGGGGGGGGGCUGGGCACCCACCAGUCUGCAGAGGGUUGUGGGUAACUGCAUAGAAUCGUUGGAGCAAGUGCGGGUGGUGCUGAGGUGUGGGGGGGAAGCUCAACUCUACAUGGUCUUUGAGGUGUGUGUUUUCUCCAAACCUCACGCUAGGCUAGAAGUCACCUUGCACUGUUGAAUGUAAAAAGUGUGUGUUACAAUCAAGUGGAUGCUCACACAUAGACAGAGCAAGGGUGGGAGAGAUUAAGUAAAUUGAUCUGUGUAUAUUAAGAAUUAUUUUAGGUGAGUUUAUUGACUAUUACUAUUGCUACUACCGCUUCCCAGUGAUGUUAAUUAAAGAUGAACAAGACCACAGCGUUUCUCAUUUCCAAGAGGAAAGUCACAAUUAUCCAAUAGAGGAUGUAACCUACAUGAUUGGAAACUGUUAGUUUCCUCCUUGAUCCACUGCUCCCCUGUCCCUCAGACAAAACAUCAUUUACAUUUUUCACAGAACCCCUUGUUGAAUUGGCAGCGUCUUGUAACAUUCUAAAACGACAAUAUGAAUAAACUGCAGCACUAUUUAGAUUUAAUUUGUCAUGAUUUUUACUCCUUAAAAUGCUGUACCAUUUGCCAAAUGUUUUGUUUGCUGUAGAUACAAUCAAGUUGCCAGUAUCAGUUACAUCCCCCAAAACUUUUCAGAUACGAUGAACAAAAUCAACUCGUUGGGGAAUGGGGUGAUUGAGAUGACUGAAACCAAAUGUGUAUAUUUACAUGUGUCUUCUCUCAUAGUUGCAUUGAAAAGUUUGGUACAUUAAUUUAGGCAAAACUCAUUUAUAUUUGCCGUACUAUACCGUUUCUUUUGGACACUUGCCUAAUUAAUUACAAUUGUUUGAUAGUGUGUUUCUGCGAAUUUUUUAAAACAUUUUGGUUAUCUUCCAAUGAAGGUAAACAACUUGCUGUACUUGUGCAGAUGACAUAAAGGUGUAGUAAGGAGCAAUAGUUUGUAAUAAAGAAAUCUUUAGUGCUGCCAGCUAACUUAAGUCAGAAGUUGGUCCUCUACACGGUGUCAGUACAGCUUCUCUUUGUUAAAGGUAUUGGAUAUUUUUUCCCUAUUUGGCCAAUAUUUUGAGAAAUGGUAGUGAUAAAUAAGAGAAGUCUUUUUUUUUUUUUGUCUAAUUUAUGGACCAGAGCUCUAGAUGUUGUUCAUCUGACUCUUCCUCCCUGCUUCCAUCUAGAAGUGUCUCCAUCAGAUGGGAGACUGGGAGAGACGGGGUCCAUAGUACUGUUAAAAAAAUACGAUUUUAACGGCAUGUGAUCUACCUUUCUUUAGAGACAUCAUACUUUGUAGUUGCAGUUAUGUUCUGCUUCAAUUUUGAAAUGAUUGAGAAUGGGAAGAUUCUUUUCCAUUUUGGGUUGGUGCAUUAUGCAAAUAGAAAAAAAGAGACUCCUCAGUGGUUGAAUAUAACUGGUCUGUGCUUGCAUUUUUGUAAUUUAAGAUUUUAAUUUGGUAUUGGUUUUUAAUCCCAUAUCUUGUCUUUUGCUUGAUAGUUAAGAUUCCAUAGCUAACAAUAUGUCGAUAGAUUGCUAUUUUGUCUUUAACGUAAUUCAGGUGAGUUUUCAUAACUUUUCAUUAUAAGGGCUACUACUAGCAAAGUUGACAGAUAAUUAAAGGACUCUAUGGAUGAUAUAGAGCAAUAGGUGCAAUUAAAGUGAGUGUUAUGAAUCAAGGAGCCAGUGUUGGGGUGUGUUGAUGCCAAGGGGAAGGCCAUUGCCACAGGUUGAGUGCAAACUGUCCAGGGAUGCCAGUUGGUGAUCACUGGAGGAUGAAUUCUGCUGGCUAUUUGCCUGUAAACUUUGACCAGCCCGUUUGGGCCUGAGCAGAGCCUAGUAAAACCACGAGGGGAUCUCAUAGCUGCCUGCCUCAGCCAAUCUUUAGUGUGCUCUUCCGUUCCCACCUGCCAUUCAUGUCUUCAGCUUGGCUUUAGUCCAUUGUUGUGGAUGGUUUGUGUUUUAUGUGCCCUACUAGUCAUGUUUCUAUGCUUGACAUUUAUAUACUAAGAAAGACCAUGACUGGAAGACAUGUGAUUGCCACAGUGCUAUUUGCACUCCAGAGAGCGUUGGGUGAGAGCGGUUAGGUGAAACUUAACACUUUAGAGAGUUAUCAUGAUGACAGACUUGUUUUUCAUAUCUUGUAUUUUUGGUGCCAAAAAUAAUGGCCAAAUUGAGUGCAGGGUGCCCAAAUAUUUUUUCGCAUUCUACUGUACAUGGCAAGCACUUACCCUGCAAAGUGAAGUUUGUGCUCUGUUUAAGAUCUUGCUGUGUGUUUACAAUUACAUUGAAUUGCAACCUAAGAAUGUUUUGCCCAUAAUGUUGGCUUGGGUAUACUUUUCAGUCCCCCUUAACUAAAUGUCCACUGUAUACUAGCCUGGCUGAAAGGUCCAACGUUUACCUUUCCUCUACGUUCUCUACCCCAGUUGUUAAAUGGUUUGUGCAAUUCAUGGAAAUAUCUGUAAAUGUUGCUUUCACUGAAGGUGGAAAAGUAUGACCUUUUUUGGACUUAAUUAAGUGCCACAGUGUUUUAAAAAUGUUGAAACAUGUUGGACAUUUUGUAAUACCUUGUCAUUUGGCCAACCCACGGUGGAUGCGGCCUUGUCGUGAAGGCAGCUUGUGAGUUGUCAGGGAUGUUUGGUGUUGCACAACUUGUAUUUGAAGGCCUUUCUUUGUUAAUUAAUGGUCCCACACCUAAUACUUUUUAUAUACCACAUUAUUUGUGAACUGUACAUAAAAAGCAGAAAUAUGAAUGCUUCCUGUACAACUGCAGAUGAGGCGUUCAACUAAAUUUGUCGUGAUUGCAUAUGUCUGAACGGAUGUUUUUGGUUUAACUUGUUGAGCUUGUAGGCAAGUUUUAAUUUCUCUCUCAGGAGUACGAAAGUCUCUUGCCAGGGCAGGCUGGACUGAGAUGUUGCCAGUGGUACUUCAGAUCACCACCAACAAGGCAGCUUGUUUUUGAAUUGUUUUAGAGUGGUUACUGCUUCUCUGCUGCUCUGUUACCUCAAGAAGCACACUCCAUCCCCUUUGACCUGUGGUUUACUUUCUUAGGUAGAGUAGGGUUUAGUUCUACACGUGACACUCAUGCUGGGCUCUCUUCAUGCUUGUAACCCCCAGUGGUUUUGCAUUCAUUUAGUUACAUUGUACACCUUUUGCUCUCUACUGUAGGUAUCUGCAUCAGAUUGUGAUCCAGUGGUUUUGAGGUGUAUGAUGAGCUGUGUGGUUACUUCACUCUAAAAAACACUGUACAAAUGUCUGGCGCAGGCCUCCCUCCCUGCUGUUGGCAGAUAUGAGAAUGCUACCAUGGGUUUUCUGAGCAUACAGUCAGUUUAAAGCAAGUACAUUGGUUUUCUCCACAUGUGGACUAUGGACAGUGUGUAUGUAGUUAUGUGUUAUGUGCACCCUCUACAGCACACUAAUUGAACAUCACAAUAACUAGUAAGAGAACACGGAAGAAGUACUGUCGUCACUAAAACCAGCACAGUGGGGAUUGAGGAAGGGAUACACUACUAGAGGCAAGUCCAUGCCAUAGACUGACUAGCACUACAGUAUGUACAAACAGUUGCCACCAUUUUUCCAUACAGUUCAUUUUGAAAUAAGCCUGUUAAACUUUAUUUAUUGUAAUGCUUUGCCAAGUGAAGGUACCGAAAGAGUAAAAUACUGUAGCAGUUGGAUUCAUCGGUGAAUUAAUUAAUAUGGUGUUUUUUAGAAUAUCAGCUGUUGUCUCCUCUUACUUGAUCUUUAAUCCUUUCUUUCUCACGGGUCAAUGCACUGAACCUGCGCUGCAGCAAUGGGACUUCCUGCAUUCAUGCAACUUACAUGUUCAUUCAAGCACGUUUUGUUGGUACUAUGAGAUGUGUAUACACUUUUGAUGGUUAAUGCUUUUUCUUAAGAUCCAUACUGAUGGGAUGGAUGCACAGAAAUGCUAAAAGCUCUUAUUGCAUCUUUUUGUUUCUUUUGUAAGGCUGAUGCAUUACCUGAACUCUUGUAUUUAGGAGCACUUAAUAUGAUAGAUUUUUAAAUAAGAGGUUAAAUAAACUUUGUGUAGUGGUGUAUAAAUUGAAAGUAAUGUAUUUUUUUCUUAAGUAUACCAAAUGUAAAUUAUGUACAAUAAUGAAUGUGCCAAUCCCCUUUCUUUGUAGAGCCAGACUCUUAACAAGUGCCAAUGUUGUGAAAAAUCAUAAGGACCUAUGUAUUUCAUGGUCCACUUUUUAAAACAAAUAAACACUAAGUAUGUGAUUAAGAUGAAUAAAUAAAUGAAAAUGAAUGAAAAAGGUGAAUUUUAUUCUGUAUUUAAUGAUAAACUGCUGUUUUGAAAGAAAUCACAUUUUAAUUGCAUGUGGGGGGAGGGGGAUAAACUGUAUUAAUGCGAAGCCCUCCAGAAAAGGGACCUAAUGGGUAUUGAUUUACAGUAUUUUAGCCAUAUUUCUCUUUUGUAUGUUUCAUUUCAACCACUGUUGCCUGAACCUCAUUCAAACAUGAAAAUUAUUUUCAUAGCCUUCUCCUUUAAAGAAAAAGUAUCUGUUUUAAAUUGGAAUAAAAUGUGUUCCUAUACUC